AUGGCAGCACCGUUCGAUGCGGCCCAGCUGGACGAGAGCGAGAAAUCUGUCUUGAACAUUGCCAUCGACGGCCGAACACGAAUUCAGCCAUCGGUCCACCCGGAAGCCAUGGGCAGCAGGUUCCUCAGCUUCAUCCAGGUAGAGCACCCCAUCAAGGAGAUUCUCGAGAGCGACGACCUCACAGCCUUGUCUUUGCUGAUCCGCAGAGCCAUUAUUGCAAUAGAUAAUCCUUCAUCAAUGUUGUCAUUAAGCUUGUGA